AUGGCCACACAGGGCCACAGAAGACCACACAUGGCCACACAGGGCCACAGAAGACCACACAGGGCCACACGAUCAUAUAUCUCAGCAGAAGGCUCUAGGGCUACUCUAAGACUCACACUGGCCAGGGUGACGCCCCUAGACGCUGGCAACUACACGUGUUUACCUGAAGAAAGCGAACCUGCCCAUGUGACGGUGUUUGUGUUGGAGUACUACGACCAGUACUACGACCAGUACUACGACCAGUACUACGACCACUACGACCAGUACUACGACCACUACGACCAGUACUACGACCACUACGACCAGUACUACGACCACUACGACCACCACGACCAGUACUACGACCACUACGACCACUACGACCAGUACUACGACCACUACGACCAUUACUAUGACCACUACGACCACUACGACCAGUACUGCGACCACUACGACCAGUACUACGACCACUACGACCAGUACUACGACCACUACGACCAGUACUACGACCAGUACGACCAGUACUACGACCACUACGACCAGUACUACGACCACUACGACCACUACGACCA